AUGGACACAAAGGUAGAUUUAAUAUGGAAAAAGCUUACUGUUAAAACAAAUGAUACUUUUAUUUUAGAUGAAUGUUCAGGAAAAGCUUACAACUCUUCAAUAACCGUAGUUGUUGGUGGAACCGGUUCUGGUAAAUCUGUUUUAUUUGAAAUUUUGGCCGGAAGGUUAAAUAAUGAUUUGAUUAUAAGCGGAGAUGUUCGUAUUGAUGAUAAUAAUAGAGAUAGAAAAAAUAUACACACCUCAUCAUUAAAAACUGGAAGUAUUGUAGUACUAAUAGAUGAAACAUUUUACUUUCUAGAAAAACAGACAGUGUGGGAAACAAUAUAUUUUGCAGUUCACUUUUUUAACAUAAACGAACCAGAUUCUAUAUUAAAAGAAAAGACGCAAUUUAUUAUAUCUACUCUUGAUCUCAAUAAAAAAUCUGGUCAAAUGCUCUUUGAAUUGUCUCAGGGAGAAAAAAAACUUGUUUAUAUUGGUACCGUAUUGGCAGAAGAUCCCUCUAUAAUACUAAUUGAUGACCCAUUUGAUUAUCUUGAUAAAUGGCAUGUAACUAGAAUUUUCACGCUUUUGAAGAAAUUAACAAAAAGAUCCAAAACUAUUCUAAUAGCAAUUAGUGCACCAUAUGAAGAGGUACUAAAACGAUGCGAUAAAAUAUUUAUUCUUGCGAACCAUUCGUUUAUAUUUGAGGGAACAUAUCCUCAGUACAGAAAAUUUUAUAGCGAGACGGGAAUGGAUCCUAACGAUUUUGUUAAUGAAUUGGUAACUAUUGAUUAUAGCUCUGAAGGUUCUAGAAUAAAAGAUACACAAAAAAUAAGAGAAUUAAAACAUAAAUGGUAUACAAAUAAUCCUAUUAACGAAGAUUUGACCGAAUAUCAAAUUAUAAAAUACACAGAACAAAAAAAAAGUUUUAAAAAAAUAUCAUUGAUAAUGAAACGACAUCUGCAAAUCUUUACCCGUUCUAAAGAUGCUUAUAUGACACUUGUAUUGCAAAAAUUAAUUUUUUUUAUUAUUUCAAUUAUUGCUUACCCGAUAAUAGGAUACACACAGGAAGAUAUACAAACAAGAUAUGGGCUUAUAAGCUUUUUGUUAUUAAAUAAUAUAGAUAGAUCAUUAAGUAUAGUUUUGUCUUCAGUCUCAAUUUCUAGAUUUGCUUCGAGAAGGGAGAUAAUUUUUGGGUUGUACACAAGUACUGAGGCGUACAUAGCUGAAUAUAUAUUCGACUUUUUAUUAAUUUACUUUGCUUCUGUAUUAUAUAUGAUUCCAGUAUAUUGGAUAGCGCAGGUAAAUAAUAAUUUUUAUCGUUUUUCUCUGUUUCUAAUUAAUCAUUUUUUUUUAACAAAUUUUACAGUUGCUUAUGCGAUAUUUGUAAAUGUAGCAACAUGUACACCUAGGGAAGCUUCUAUGUUUGGAGCACUUGGACUGCUCUUUUUUUCUGCUUUCAGCGGAAUUUUUAUAAAUGUAGAAACACUUCAUAAUUUUGCUUAUUGGAUAACGUGGAUUUCGCCGCUUUAUUAUGCUUUUGAGUUUAAUCUUCAAGUGUCGCUUUCUAAUUUACGCUUUGUGUGUGAUUCCGAAUCGUGCUAUAAAACAGGAAAAGAAGCUUUAGAAGACAUGAAGCUGAUAAGAAUAGAUAAAUUUAUAUCUUUGGCAAUAUUCAUUAUGUUUAUAGUAUUUUUUAUCUUUUUAGGUGUAAUUGUUAUGGCUAUUAAAUUCAAGCCACGAAUGAAGAAUGAAAAGAUCAAUAUUUUUCAAUACUUCCUUGUAAACUGA